AUGGACAACCCAAACCAGAGCCCCAGGAACGAAUACACUCCCAUCUCCGAAGAACGGAGACGCUUCCUCGAGGAGAAAUACAAGCGCAGGAACCUCGCCCCAGAAGCACUUAUCAUCCGCCCCGGUCUUCGUAAACUCCAUCUCGCCACCGUCAUCUUCGCCAUCGGCACGGCUGGAUACUUCACAUUGUAUGCCGACUUUGGCGACAAGGAAACCUGCUUCUCACCGGUACGCAACCUUACUCCACUCCCUUCCCCCUUACCCGCCGCCUGA